AUGCCUGAGAGAAACUCAAUAUCAGGGAAUCCCAUAAUCAAUGGUGUCACAACUCACAAGCAGUAUUGCUCAAUUGGUUUUGCUUAUUACUAUACAAAAGCUGCUGAGGUGGCACUGAAAGCUCUAAAAGGCAGUGAAAUAGCUGGAAAAAGGAUAAAAUUUGAACAGAGUAGGCCUGGUGGUGCUCGUAGAAGCAUGAUGCAACAACUAGUCAAGAACUAG